UCAAAAUUCGCAGUUUCAUGGUCUGCUGUCUACGCUGCUUCUUUUUUUUCAAUAGGAGGAGGGUAUUUUGACGAAGAAUGGCUCCUGUUCAUUGGUUGUUUUCGAAGGCAAAGUCCAUGUUCCGAGAAAAGGAGCCAAUCAUCUGAACCGUCAGAUCGAAUAUAUCUUUUCAUGCGUUCGACCUCAGUAAUUACAGGUUUUUCAUUGGUGUUUGUAAUCAUGAGUUACCGCCCUCCUACUUGACAGAUUUCCGUGUUUGAGUUCACGCGUUCCACUUUCAUGUGAAGUGAAUCUGCUGGAUAUCAAUUUUGAUUUUUCCAAGUCUGCAGACGUUCUUACAAAAACAGUGUGGCUGAUCUCUAACAUUGUUUGCAUCUCUGAUAAUGGAUGCCAAAAAGACUUCUCAUCCUUUCUGGCCCCGGGACCUGGUGAUUCCCUCCUAUGUGGCUAAUGAUCGGUCCAUGUCAGAGAUCCUGGUGUUCCUCUUCUCUGUCUCUGGGGGUUUUCUACUUGUAACCUGGCUGAUCACUGGUAUCUCUGGCAGGCUGGGGACAUGGAGGCGACUGGCUCUCUGCUGGUUUGCCGUUUGUGGAUUCAUCCAUAGCGUCAUCGAGGGAUGGUUUUGUUGUUAUUAUGACAUUAUACCAGGGGAUCAGAGCUUCCUAUCACAACUGUGGAAGGAGUACUCCAAAGGGGACAGUAGAUACGUUAUAGCUGAUAACUUCACAGUUUGUAUGGAGACGGUGACCGCUGUCUUAUGGGGUCCGUUCAGUUUUUGGACCGUUUAUUCCUUUUUAACCACCAAGUCCUACAGAUUCGUUCUGCAGCUUAUUAUUUCACUUGGUCAGAUAUACGGAGCAGUGCUGUACUUCUUCACAGAGCACAGAGAUGGUUAUGUUCACAGCGAGUUUGGACAUCCAAUCUACUUCUGGUUCUACUUUGUCUUCAUGAAUUUUCUGUGGAUUGUCAUUCCUUUGGCGCUCAUUGUGGAUGCGUGGAGACAGCUAUCAGCAGGCCAGUCACUUGCAGACAGCUCAAAGGCACAGAAGAUUAAAAGGAAGUAAUCGUCAAAAUGGGACAUACAGAAAACACAUUUCAAAAGUUUGACAAAUGCAAACUGUCUGUAGUCUUUUGGUUCAUGUUGCAAUAUUGAGCCGAUAGUCCAAAAAGUGCCAGCAAACUAAGAGUUUUGUUCUUGUGUUUUUUUUUUUACCAUGAUGAUUAAAAGAAAUGUUUUAUGCCAUUUA